UUUUUUUCCUUCCCUUCUCUUCUAAUAAUCCUAUCUUUUUUUCUUUCUUCUUUUUCUUUCUUUCUUUCUUUUUUUCUUUUUCGUUGUCAUUUUAUAUACUUGUUAUUAUUAUUAUUAUGGGUCAAACAAAAAGCAAAGAAAAUCGUUUAUUAUCACAAAAGACUCAUUUUUCUAAGAAGGAAAUCAAUCAUCUUCGACAUAAUGUACAAUCUUCUUCUACAAACCUUACAAAUUCAAAUGGUAUUACUGAAGAUGUAUUCAAAGAGACAGUAAAGAAAUAUGUGCCUAGUGUAUCUUCUCACGACGAUGUUUUUUUGAAACGACUUUAUGCUGCUUUCGAUGUGGAGAAUAAUAAAAGUAUUGAUUUUGAAAAAUUCGUAGAUGGACUUAGUGUGUUUAUGAAAGGAACACCUGAAGAGAAAUUGGAAUUAUCCUUCAAACUCUAUGAUGUGAAGCAUGCUGGCUAUCUCACGAGACCUGAUCUGGAACGCGUCAUGAUACAAUUGUCACAGGCUGCUUCUGAUGAUGAUCAAACAGCUGAAAUCAAGUCCAUGGUUGGUCGAAUGUUUGAUGAUUUGGAUGUAGAUGAUGAUGGUCGAUUGACUUUUGAAGAAUAUAAAUUAUCAGUGAUGAAAGAACCACUAGUAGUUGAUUUUUUGGAACAGUUCCUUGCUGAGCACCAUCUUUCUCAACAUCCUCGUAUACCAUCUCGACCAUCAUCUGUUAGUUCUUAUCGUUCAGGUCGAUCAUUAACACAUCCUCACAACAAAUUAUCACUGGCAGGGUUUCCAUCAAGCUCUUCACCUAUUCAUUCAUCCUCACGUUUAUCAGUAAGGGUUUCUCAAGCUGAAUUAUUGGAAUAUGGACAUCACAGUAUCAAUAGUCUCUCCUCUGGUCAUAGUCCUACUUCUCUUUCUACUCCAGGUUCUCCCAAUAGUAUUAGUCCAAGGAAUAAUCACAACAAUAACAAUAAUGGCAGCCCAUCCAUUACACCACGUUCACCACAUCAUCUUAGUCGUCCUACAAGUAUGACAAGUUUGGAUGCCGCGUUAUCAAGUAUGGAAUUAAGUCAUGCAGAUGAAUCAAACAAGGCAGCCACUAUCAAUACCAACAACAAUCACCAUAACAACAAUAGACCACCAGUCGUAUCAUCCACAACAUCAAAAACAAAAUCCAAUGAAUUAAAUUCACCUACUGGCAAAGUUCUCACUAAUGGUACACAGUGAUCUUUUUUUUUUUUUAUUCUUUUAUCUUUAUUCCUCUUCAUUCUGAUGCUUUGGAAAUGAUCCUCUUUUUUUUUUUUUAUUU